UCAUAUUACAUUGCUGCUGAGAGGAUGUAUCAAACAUUCGCCUCUGCUGUAACUACAGAAAUCUCAUGCAGUCAGGAUCCACAGUUUAUAGAACUGAGCUGAUCGGUUUACAUUUCAUAUACAGCAGGAUAAGAGUUCCCAUCGGGACACGGUUGUUUGUCCCCAGUGAUGGAAAAUGGCCUCUCUUUUCACACAAGAAGGCGAUGGAAUGAUAGUGAAAGCUGGAUGGAUAUUUAGACAAAAGGCCUUUUUUCGGAAGUGGAAGAAAAGUUGGAUAGUCGUCUGCUCGGGAGGAGCCGUGAGGGUGUUCAAAAAUAAACGGGCUUCGCGUCCUCAAAAAUCAUACGAUCUCAAAACAGAUUGUAUCGUCAUCAAAACUGGACGUCAGUGCCAGUAUCUUCUCCCACCAAACGGGAUAGACUCAUCAGCCCUCAUAGAAAUCGUUCUGACCGGUGACAGGGCCAUUAAACUUUGCGCAAAUGACGCGGAAACAGCAAGGAUGUGGCUGGGCGCAUUAACAAAAGCUCAGUCAGGCAAAGAUCUACCGACACCACGCUGGGAAAGGCGAAAUUUAAAUAAAGAGGAAGUCCUUAAUUUAGAAUAUCAAAGUUGCUGGUACUCAUGCUGUAGGAAUAAUCAAGUGGAUGAUUUUUGAUGACGGCCAAAUCACUUCUGUGCAAUAUUGAUAGUCUUCAGAAAAUUGUUUAUGACUUUUUGCUAAUUUAUGUGAAAUGUAUACGGUAUAUUAAUUCAUUGAACGAGAGAAUAUUUUUCAAUGUGUUUUAAUAGCAGGGUUGG